CGCGGUAAUUGUAGGUAGUGAUCGACGCUGUUUCAGUGGAACAUCAAUUAAAUCAAAUAGAAAACCCAUAAAAACCCGCCAGACUUCAUAACUAAUACUUUUAAAUUUGACGCGCUGUACUCAUCAAUCGCAAAAAUGGACAAGAAUAAAGAAGAUUCCUUCGAAGUCGUCAUCUCCGGCGUGGGCGGUAAAUUUCCCAAGUCUGAAAACAUAGAAGAGCUCAAAACCAAUUUAUUUAACAAAGUCAACAUGGUUACGUCUAACGAUUGCAGAUGGAACAAAAAUGAUUGGCCAGGAGUUCCAACGGCUACGGGUAAAGUCUCCGUUGCGCAAAAAUUAGACGAUACAUUCAUAGGUAUCAAUUCGAGAAUAGUGAAACAGAUGGAUCCGUUGACCAGAGUUCUGAUAGAAAGAAGUUUUGAAGCUGUUAUUGACGCAGGACUGAAUCCGAAAAGCUUGAAUGGAUCAAUGACUUCAGUAUACACAGCUUCGUGCGUCAGUGACAGCGAGGCGGUCGGAUGUGACGGAAAACUCACCACUCCAUUUUGGCUUCUAGCACACGUCAGAGCACUGCUGGCCAAUCGCGUUUCCAACAUUCUAAACUUAAACGGUCCUAGUUUUACGAUAGAUUCGUCCUUUAUCGGUGGUAUAGAAAUCUUAAGACAGGCUGUCGAAGACGUGGCAAAAGGUAGAGUGAAGUCGGCCCUCGUCGGAGUGACUAAUAUUAUAUGGUAUCCGGACAUGGCGAAACACUGGAUGGGAUUGGACAGACUUAGUGACGAUGGCAUUUGCAGGUCUUUCGACGAAAACGCUAACGGGUACGGCCGGAGCGAAGGAGUUGUUGUGUUAUUCCUGCAACGUUCUACCGAAGCACUGCGUUCUUAUGGAACAGUCGUACACGCCGGUUCUCGCGUUUGCAUGGAGAAAGCUUUGAAUCUCGUCAAACCUACUGAAGAUUCAUUGAGAGACUUUUAUCAAGACUUUUACAAUAGCUGUAGAGUAUCGCCGGAGGACGUUUCUUAUUUAGAGGCCGAUGGAUCUGGUUGCAAGUAUUAUGAAGAAAAAGAACUCAACGCGGCAUCUGAAAUAUUUUGCAUCGACAAUAGAACAACGCCUUUACCAAUAGGUUCCGUUAAAAGCAACUUGGGACAUUCUGAGGGAGCGUCUAGUUUGAUUUCAGUAGUAAAGGCUCUAAUAGCGUUGGAUUCCGGUAUAAUACCGCCCAACAUAAAUUUCCAAUUACCUAAUCAGAAAAUUAACGCCUUGAAAAAAAGAAAAAUGAAGGUAGUUACCGAACCAACAAAAUUAGAUGGGCCUUAUGUCGCCACUACUAGCUUAGGUUUGCCGUCAUCCAUUGGUCAUGUUUUGCUUAAGCAAAAUCCUAAAGCCAAAAAUAAUUGUCAAUUGGGAAAUAGUCAAAGACUAGUUCUGCUCUCAUCUAGAACUGCAAAAGGACUCGCCGAAGCAAUUGAUAUAGUUAAAUCAAUGCCUAGAGACGAUGAGUACUUGGGACUUAUUCAAAACGUUUUUAGGGAAAACAUUGUUGGUCAUUUCAAUAGAGGUUAUGUAACAUUAGACACGAAAGCUGCACCAUCAUUUGGCUUAGAAGAAAACGGACAAAUUAACCGACCAGUAUGGUUCGUUUUUGGUGGCAUGGGAUCUCAAUGGCCAGGUAUGGCAUCUGAUCUAAUGGAAAUACCGCGCUUUGCCGCAAGUGUGAAUCGGUGUGAUAAAUUCCUCAAGCCAAUCGGAUUCGACAUUGUUGAUAUAUUAACAAACCCUGAUCCCGAAGUCCUUAAAUCAAAGCCUGUAGUAUCGUUCUUAGCUAUUGCAACCAUGCAUAUAGCGUUUGUAGAUGUAUUGGCAGAGCUUGGCAUUCAUCCGGACGGUAUGUUUGGUCAUUCACUAGGGGAAAACGGAUGUGCAUACGCCGAUGGUUGUUUUGAUUCAUAUGGUGCCUUGAUGGCUGCUUUCGCAAGAGGGAAAGUAGCAGAAUUUUUAAAACCAUCCGAAGGAUUGAUGGCAGCGGUAGGUUUAAGCUACAAUGAUUUAAUUGAUUUGCCGCCUAGUAUUGAUAUAGGGUGUCAUAAUUCUAAAGAAAACGUAACUAUAUCUGGCCCGCGAAAAGACGUGGAAGACUACAUUGAAAUACUAAAAAAAAGAAAUGUAUUUGUAAGAGAAGUGAACUCAAACGGUAUUGCAUAUCACUCGAGGAUGGUGAAACGACAGGCAGAGUUCGUAAAAAAAUUUAUCAAUAAAACUGUACCGAACCCAACGCGCAGGUCGUCCAAGUGGAUAUCGACGUCGGUACCGGAGUCCAAAUGGAAUAGUGACUUAGCACAAUGGAAUCGUGGAGAAUAUCACGCGAACAACUUUAAAAGUCCCGUUUUGUUUGCCGAAGCAAUACAGAAAGUGCCGAAAAACGUUGUUGUAAUCGAAAUAGCUCCUCACGGACUCUUCCAAGGGAUUCUCAAGUCCGAAUUAGACAGCUCGUGUAAAGUCGUUUCACUAGCUAAACGGGGAAGUAAAAGUCCACUGAAACACUUCUUAAACGCCAUCGGUGAGCUAUACACUAGCGGACUUCAAGUAAACCUAAAUUCAAUUUAUCCUCAACCGGAAUACCCAGUUUCAAGAUGUACUCCUAGUUUGGCACCUCUCGUCUCGUGGAAUCACGAAGAGACUUGGCCAAUCAACACACAUUACGAUCCUUUCGACUUAGACUAUGUGUACAUGUGCUUGAGAGACAAGCAAUCGAGACAUCUAUUGGGGCAUAAAAUCAACGAUUCAGCCGUAGUGCCCAUGUCGUUUCUUGUCACAGAAGUGCUGCAUUCGUUGGAAAAAAAACAACCGGACUUGGUUUCGAAAUCGUGUCAAACAGUUUUUGAAAACAUUUUCGUCCACACCCCUUUAGUGGUUUCGGCAAAUGAAUCCAAAGGUUUUUACAGUCAAAUUCAAAUCGAAUCCGGUUUAUUCGAAGUGAUUUCAUCGCGAGAUGUUUUAAUGACUGGAGACAUAUACUUACACGACGAGAAUCAUUUAAUAAGCCCAGAACCACCGACUGUUUAUGAAGUAGACAAUGAAACCGAAUGGGUGUACGACAAUGAGGUGUACGGGACACUCGCUGAAAACGGUAUUGCCAUUUCGGCUCCAUACAACACUAUUCAGAAAAUUCUAGUUCAAAACACAGGUUAUAUCGCUAAAGUCAUAUGGUCAAACGAUUUGAACUUGAAUUUAAACACCAUGAUGCAACUUAAAAUGUUUGCUGAUCACGAAUCGUCCAAUACAAACCCUUUGCUACCGUCCUGGUUUAGGAGUCUUAUUAUCGACAAAGAAAAAAUGUCAACGACUUCGGCAGGAUCUAUGGUUUUUGUAACGUUCAACUUCCGAACAAACGUCAUUCGAGGACCCGGAUUGGAGCUUGAGUGUUUGAAAACUUCUGUUUUUCAAAAUAUUUGUCCACCGGUCUUAGAUUUACAAAUUCAAAAAGUUCAAUUUGUUAGCCAACCUAACCCAAAUAUUCAGAAUUUCAUUCAACUGCUCAGUGCUUGUCUGCAAAUAGUAAAAGAUUCGAAACGUUCCAAUAUGAACCUGAAAAUAAAACUAUACGAUGCUAAAUUUACUGUGUUUCUCCGCAAACUGUAUGAAAUUCAGCCAUACUUAAAGAAAGAUAUUGAUGACUACACGCAUUCCUUAUUAGAAAACUUGACACAAAGUGAUGUUAUUUUAUUGAUUACUGAACACUUAAAUAAUGAUCUAAAACAAGACAUUAAGAAGUGUCUUGGGAGAGUAUUUGUUUUAGAGAAAAGUACAACUGUCGACGAAGAAUAUACAACCGUUAUUCAGAAAGAAUACCAAGAUUCCGUUUAUCAUCUUAUAACACCGAGUGUUACACUACCAAAUCAGAUCAUGGAAGUGUCCACAAAACAUAGUUCUUGGAAAGAAUGUAUGCAACAGGGGCUAAAAUUUCUAACUUCUAAUAUGCCGAUAGUCUUAGUAAAAAUUGAUUCAGAAUGUCCCAUCAAAGUAGUCAAUGAAAUUGAGGAGAUGAACAAUGCGUCUUAUUUCAGAUAUAUUAUUCUUUCCAAAAGUGCACCUAUAUUUGACUUAACGAACGGCUUCUUUAGAGAACAGUUAUUUAAAGGCUUAAGACAAAAUAUUCUAAGAGGGGAGACUUGGGGUAGUUAUAUUGUGCUUCCAUGUACAAAAAAACCAAUCACUUGUUCGAAAAAUAUUGAACAUAGUAUCUCUAAACUCAGUGAGUUAUCAGUGAAGUAUAUAGGAAUCUUGAAAAAUGAAAAAAUUGACGAGGAAGAAUGCACUCAAUAUUCAGGAAUUGACAAAGACGGAAAGAAUGUGAUGGGAAUUUUAAAGUAUUCUUCUAAAUCAAAACAUUUCGAAAUCGAUGACGUACUUAAAUGGUAUGUUAGACCCGAAUGGUCUAUGGAAGAAGCUGUAAAAUUACCGACCAUUUAUUCAAUGGCCUACUACUAUUUGGUCAUUCUCGCUCGCGUCAAAUCUGGAAACACAAUAUUUGUGCACGAUGCGAGCUCGCCUAUUGGACAAGCAUUUAUCAGGGUAGCUUUAAGUUAUGGCUGUAAGUUAUUCGUUUCUACUUACAAUAGGGAGCAAACUAAAUUUGUGCAAGAAUUUUUCCCUCAGCUGUCCGUUGAUAAAAUUCUCGAAUUGAAUAACAACAGAUUCGAGGUCCAACUUUUAAGUCUGACCAAUUAUAAGGGAUGUAGAAUGGUAAUCAGUUCUGUGCCUAGUAAAUACUUAAGCGCUUCGAUGAGAUGCGUUAAGAAAUUUGGAGUAUUUGUACACAUUGGCGAACAGGAUAUAACAGCUCAUACUAAAUUUGGUAUGGGACUGUUUUUAAAAAACAUUGCAAUGUAUGGGGCCAAAGACUUGAUGCACGUAGUCAAUUCUCCGGACGAAAUAAAAACCCAUCUCAAGGAGCUCGUCAAUAAAGGUAUUGUAGACGGUGUAGUGUGCAAAUUGAAUGAACCAAGUUCCGUGGACCUCGAAAACAGUAAUACAACUACGAGAGAAUCUGCAUUGUCGAUCCCGUCAAACUAUCAAGAUCAAAUGUUCGUGGAAAAAGAUAAAUCCUAUAUCGUUAUGGGAUCUACAUCGAACCUGUGGCUAAAAACCGUGACCUGGCUGCUGCGCCAAGAAGUCAAAAGACUGAUAUUCGUUAUUGACGGGACCGCGGCGGUGAUGAGAAGAAACCAAAGAACCAUUUAUUCGUUAAUCCAACAACACCCCGACGUAUCGUUCAUCAUGACAUCGGCCGAAAGAUUCAACGCGCCCAAAGAAGGAGAACGAUUAUUACGAGAUCUUACGUCCUACUCAAAAAUCGCUGCAGUAUUUUGUAUAGAAACGAGCAAAGAAAAACUGAAAAACGUCGAUAGCGCUUGUAAACAUAUUGUACCCGACUUGAAGUACUUUGUGAGCAUGCAAAGCGAUGCUACCGAAGUUUGCGAGUCGAGAAAUGAUACCAAUUCAAAAUGUAUUAACUUGCAAUGCGAUAAGUUCUUACGCAGACCAGAAGCCGUUUUUAAUUGUAUGAAUGACCUAAUUGAAUCUACAGACGAUCCUAAGCCCGUAGCAGUUAUUGUCAGCAAUUCACCGGACGUUCAACUCAAAGACGUGAACGUUAACGACUUGACUGAAUUUUUACCCAACUCGAUCGCCGAACUCCUCGAUCUCAACAAAAACUUACCGGAUUAUCCCAAGUUUGAAAAGUGCAUAUCCAAAGGGUUACAGCAUACCGACAAGAAUAGUCUGCUGCCAGUAUUCAUAAUACCUGGAUUGGGAAUCAAAAGAAUACAACCGCUAAUAAGUAAAAUCAUGCACCCCGUGUUCUGUGCCAUGUUCCCGCCGUACGUUAACACUAUUGAAAACGCGGCCCUCAGCUUAUUAUGGCCUUUGAAACAAAUCCAGCCCCAAGGACCGUUCACAAUUAUCGGUGAGACUUGGGGCGGAAACGUCGCCGUGGAACUAACAAAGAUAAUCGAGGGUUUUGGCGACACUGUCAACCUGAUAUUGUUGGAUGGCACUCCGUACGACAACGAAAAACGAUUGAAACUGUUAGACAAAGCGGGUUUCAGUGUCCUAGACCAAUUUGCCCAGAAAGAGGGAGAUGUGGCUUACUCGGAGGACGUGCUGAAAAAUCAACUAACCGCAAUAAGAGACUUCGUCCCCAACGACACGCAAUUGGCGGCCGACACGAUCAUUGCACGACCAUCCGCCGCAGAUAUAUUAGAUACGUGUGUCAACUUCGAAAAACAACACUCGGGCAAACUCACUGUACAUAUUUCUAAACAAUCAUCGUACAAGGAUUUCAUCGGAAGUUUGGAAAUAGCUACUAUAAUAAACGAAAACGCAUCAUUCAAAUGGUAAUCCGUCGUAGUAUAUAUGUUGUAAAAUAUUUUACUUUCUAAAAGCGUUUAUUAAAAUUUAUAUCAUAAGAACGUAUACAAAUAUGAAAUUAUAUUUAUU